GAUGUAAACGAUAUCAAUCAACUAAAAGGAGCCAUAGAAAAUAUGGAAAAGGAAGUAAUCAAAUGUAUUAGAGAUAUCAAACUCCAAACACAAAAUGAAGGUAGAUGUACCUGUGCUGAUGAAAAUGAACUAAAAACGACGAUGGACAAACAGCGGGAUGAAAUAAUCUCUCUGAAAGAAUGUAUUAAGCAACUAAAAUCAGAGAUUAAUAUUCGUGUGAACGAAUAUGAGCUAUUGCUCAAAGAACAAAGACUAGUCGUCAAAAGCAAAGAACAAGAACUGAAUAUGCAUAAAAGAUACAAUGAAAAUGAGGAAAAGAAAUCAAACAAGCUCCAAAGUGAGUUGGAUCAAACAGUUGAGCAACUCAAGAUGGCGAAGAAAGAAAUCGACAAAGUAAAUGAAGAAAAGAUCAAUAUCAAACGACAAUGGCAAGCCAGUGAAAGUGAUGGUGAAUGGAGGGAACAAAAAAGAUACACUCAUACUAGAGGAACUGCCCCAUAUCGUGACGCUGACCGACCGAGGAAUGGUCAACCUCGACAUGCUCGAGAGAUAUCACCACAGAGGAAUGCACGAAAAGAAGGAAAUGAGCGAACGACUGAGGGGAUGAACGCAAUACAUGAGGAAAGAAACGAUCACGAGUGUGAUAUGAGUAGAGAUAAACAUAACAUGUAUGAUGGAAGCAGAGGCCAAAUGAAUGACAAAACCGAAAAGAAAAUGAGAAAAGUUGUUAUAGUUGGAAAUUCACAGAUAAGUGGGAUUGAUCCUGGUAAGUUUUCCCAAAAUGUUAAGUUACAUAAAGUAAUUAAAUACACAAUGGAUGAUGUUGAGUCUUGGUUGAAAUCUAGUGAGGCAAAGCAAACUCUAAGCGAUGCAGAAACCGUGAUAAUCCACGAAUUAACGAAUGACGUUAAACGGUCUAGUGCACUAGAUUGUGCUUGUAAAAUGAACAAUCUCAUUGGUCUGAUCAAAGUGUCCUUCAAAUCAAUUAAGAUAGUUAUAUCUCUCGGCACGCCCCGAGAUGAUAACCAAUUGUAUCAGCAGCGUGUGGACAUGGCCAAUAGUAUGCUGAUGGCUGAUGCAUUAUAUGACAGAAGAGUUAAAACUGUUCAUCACAGAAACCUGCUCUACCGUGGAACAAUUAACACUAAUCUGUAUAGUGAUGAUCGUUAUCACCUUAGCAAGAAUGGAACUAGAGUUUUAGCAGGAAAUCUCCGGUGGGCAAUUGAAAGGAGCUCUUCACGAAAUAAACGAUAGACUUCUUGUUUAAGGUCUAUCUGAGGACCGAGAAACGUGAAUACACCUUAUGACUGAAAGAAAAAAUAUUCAAAUUUGUUAUUGGAAUGUAAAUGGGAUACAUAAGAGAUGGGACGGGGUUAAAUCUUCCUCAAAAUUGGAAGAAGAGGAUUUUGUCAACGUUUUUAAUUCAUAUGAUAUUGUUUGUCUGGCAGAAAUAAAAAUAGGGCCGAAGGAAAAUAUGUCUUUACAAGGAUAUGUCAAUAAAGUAAUAUGCAGGAAGAAACAUAAAAAUGCUAAAGCUGACUCAGGGGGCUUGGCCCUGUACAUCAAAGAAUCUAUUAAGCACCAGGUUGCAAUUAUCAAUAAUACCUCAAGCGAAUUUUGUUGGAUAAAGAUAGGCAAUAGUAUCCACGAC